AAAAGGAGAAACUUUUGUGCCUGCGCGUGCUCUUUUCCCCUCGAAUCAGGAGUUGCGACUGGGAGCUUCGGAAGCCUGCCUUUUCCCAUCACGGGCGCAGCACAGCAGCUCUUUUCCCAUCUGUACCCCCCGCCCCGCUAGGCCGCUCCUGCUCCUCUGCUCCACCGGUGACCGCCAUGCCGCUCCCGACGAUGACCCACUCCUCCGCGUUCCUCCUCCCGUCCUCAACCGCCCCGUCCAACCCCAGCGGCGGCGCCGACACGACCACCUACGCGCUCGUCGUCCUCAACCAGCGCCUCCCCCGCUUCGCGCCGCUCCUAUGGUCCCGCGCGCGCCUGCGCGUGUGCGCGGACGGGGGCGCCAACCGCGUCUUCGACGGCAUGCCGGAGCUCCUCCCGGGCGAGGACCCCGCCGAGGUCCGCACCAGGUACAAGCCAGAUGUAAUUAAAGGGGACAUGGACUCAAUAAGGCCAGAAGUGAAGGAGUAUUAUUCCAAUUUGGGCACAAACAUAGUUGAUGAAUCACAUGAUCAGGACACAACUGACUUGCACAAAUGUGUAUCAUUUAUCACAAGCGAUCUCCCUGUCCCAGAGAAGUCUAAUCUGUAUAUUCUUGUUCUUGGUGCACUUGGUGGAAGAUUCGAUCAUGAGAUGGGGAACAUCAAUGUAUUAUACCGCUUUUCAAACAUCAAGAUCAUCCUCCUAUCAGAUGACUGUUCAAUCUUUCUGCUCCCCAAGACACACUCUCACGAGAUCCAUAUUGAGACAUCGGUUGAAGGUCCUCACUGUGGUUUGAUUCCCAUGGGCGGCCCAUCAGAUAUCACCACAACCACCGGGCUCCGGUGGAAUUUAGAUAACACAAGCAUGAGGUAUGGUGGAUUGAUAAGCACAUCUAACAUCGUGGAUGAAGAUAAAGUAACGGUGACUUCAGAUUCUGAUCUGAUCUGGACAAUAUCGCUUCGGAAUUGAGCUGAACAUGCAUAAUUUUGCAUGAUUCCAUGCCCAAAUUUUGUCGCCUCAAAGUUGCAUGACUGCUGUAACGUGGUGUGAUAUUGUUUUCCCCUGCAUUUUGCAGCUGCAUAUGUCAUUAUGUCCAUAUAUGUGAACUUAUUGUUCAUAAUUUAAGGAAUCCAGCAUCUGCCAAA